AUGUAUACCGAAGCAAGCCGGAAGGGGCCGGUAGCCAGAAACGGGCCUGAAGAUGAGGAGGGGCUUCCAGCACACCUUGUAGCGGAAAGCAGGAGCCGAGUGCUCGGCCCUGCAGAAGAGCGAGGGUGCAAGAUGCUCCUCCGCUUACAGCUGUCAGGAAAACGGAGCCGAGGCAAGACCGGAGAGUUUCUUGGAGCCAAAAAGCGGUUUAUUUUUGAGCUUAGAAAUCAGAAGUGCAAUGCUUGGGCUUUCAAAGGCGUGCGGCGGCUGCAUACCGUGUACCAGGCAACAGAGCUGCCGGAGACCCACCGGAUGCUUCGCCAAACGUGCCGGGACUUUGCCGAGAAGGAGCUGGCCCCCAUCGCUGCCCAGCUGGAUAAGGAGCAUCGCUUUCCUGCAGAGCAGAUCAAGAAAAUGGGGGCCCUGGGACUCCUCGCCAUGGAUGUGCCCGAGAAAUACGGGGGAGCCGGCCUCGACUACCUGGCCUAUUCCAUUGCUGUGGAGGAAAUCAGCCGCGGCUGCGCCUCUACCGGCGUCGUCAUGAGCGUCACAAACUCCCUCUAUUUAGGGCCAGUGUUGAAGUAUGGGUCCGAGGAGCAGAAGCAGUGCUGGGUCACUCCUUUCACCAACGGAGACAAGAUCGGAUGCUUUGCCCUCAGUGAACCAGGAAACGGCAGUGAUGCGGGAGCAGCCGCGACGGUAGCCAAGCUGGUGGGUGACCAGUGGAUCCUGAACGGCACCAAAGCCUGGAUCACCAAUGCCUGGGAGGCGGCGGCGACGGUCGUGUUCGCCACGACGGACAAGUCCCUCAAACACAAGGGCAUUAGUGCCUUUCUUGUCCCCAUGCCAACUCCCGGCCUGUCCUUGGGGAAAAAAGAGGACAAGCUGGGGAUCAGGGCCUCAUCCACGGCCAACCUGAUCUUCGAGGACUGUGCCAUCCCUAAAGCUAACCUCUUGGGAGAUCUGGGAAUGGGCUUCAAGAUUGCCAUGCAAACCCUGGACUCUGGCAGGAUCGGGAUCGCCUCUCAAGCUUUGGGCAUAGCCCAGGCAGCGCUUGACUGUGCCGUGGAUUAUGCGGAGAAGAGGAUGGCCUUUGGGGCGCCCAUCACAAAGCUGCAGGCCAUUCAGUUCAAGCUGUCUGACAUGGCCGUGGCCCUCGAGAGCGCUCGCCUGCUGACGUGGAGAGCAGCCAUGUUGAAGGACAACGGGAAGCCCUACACCAAGGAAGCUGCAAUGGCCAAGCUGGCAGCAUCAGAGGCGGCAACCUUCAUCUCUCAUCAGGCAAUCCAGAUCCUGGGCGGGAUGGGUUACGUGGCUGAGAUGCCGGCUGAGCGCCACUACCGCGAUGCCCGCAUCACAGAGAUCUACGAGGGAACCAGCGAGAUCCAGAGGCUGGUGAUUGCAGGGCAGCUGCUGAAAGCCUAUCGAGGCUGAAGGGCAGCGUGUGGGUGUGGAGAGGAGAUCCUGGUGCCAUCUCCUCCUGCUGGCCUCCUUGCACAAAAGCCUUUGCCCUCGGUGUCAUCGUCGGCAGAAGAGCCAGCAGGCCGACGCUGUGCUCGCGGGCUACCUGCAGGAGUGACGGUCAGCUGGCCAAAACCCCUGCAGGGAGGACAGCCGCCGACACACUGGGCUGGUCCUUCUUUCCAAGAAAGAGCAUGUCGUAAGACUCAGUAUCGUACCGUGAGACCACCGUUUGGCCUGGAGGGGGCGGUUAAACUUGUCACAUGCAGGGGAACGAGGGGCUUGAACAGGAACCAUCCCUCCCCUGGCGUUACAUUGUGCCUUAUAUACAGUCAAGGAAUAAUUGCACUACGAAAGAGAAGCUUGAUUCUUCCCGCAGCAAUGCUCUGCGGCUUCCAGGUGUUGUGUAAUGAAUUUUCAAAUACUGAACCAUGCUCUGUGUGAAGUA